UAGGCGCUGUUCACGGUUUGUUAUGACAAGCCGAGGCCUUGGAUCCAAUCGAGAGUUUAUUUUCUUCACUUGAGGCGAAGUCACGAUGGAGGGUAUGGACCUGGAUGUGGACCAGGAGCUCAUGCAGAAAUUUAGCUGCAUGGGCACCACAGAUAAAGAUAUCCUGAUAUCAGAGUUCCAGAGGCUCCUCGGCUUUCAGCUUAACCCCGCCGGAUGCGCCUUCUUUCUGGAUAUGACCAACUGGAAUUUACAAGCAGCCAUUGGAGCCUACUAUGACUUUGAGAGUCCUAAUAUCAGUGCACCAUGCAUGUCCUUAGUGAAGGAUGUGACAAUUGGCGAGGGGGAAUCAGUUCCACCUGACACACGUUUCACAAAGACCUGGAGGAUACAGAAUACAGGUGCAGAGUCGUGGCCUCCAGGCGUUUGCUUGAAAUAUGUCGGAGGAGAUCAGUUUGGUCACGUCAACAUGGUAACGGUACGGUCUCUAGCCCCCCAGGAAAUGACGGAUGUGAGUGUGCCUAUGCAGAGCCCCGUGUCUCCUGGGAUGUACCAGGGCCAGUGGAGAAUGUGUACAGCCACUGGACUUUACUACGGAGAUAUAAUUUGGGUGAUCCUAAGCGUGGAGGUCGGAGGCCUCCUUGGCGUCACACAGCAGCUUUCGUCUUUCCAGGCAGAGUUUAACACCCAACCUCACCGCAGUCUGGAAGGAAACUACAACCCCUUUGCCUCACCAGAGAGAAGCAAGUGGCCCAACAGCAACACCAGCCUCCACCAUGACAGCAGUCAUAAAGUCUCAGAGGAACACUGGCAAGGAAGCCCGGACAACCAGCAGCAGCAGCACGAUCAGAACGGACUUUCACAUAACUCUGUGGACAUAGUAGCUAACAGCCUACAAAGCAAUCUGUCAAUAGUCUCUUUUAACCAGGGUUUACAGGAGCCCUCCCCUUUUGGGCACUCUUAAAUCCUGGGACAUGUUUUAGAGAAGCUGCAGUAAUAAGCGCUCUGGAGUCCCGACCACAUCAAGAAGAGAAGGAAGAGGAAGUAUCAGGAGGGUCUGGAAUCACUUUAUGCAAAGCAGGUCUACUCGCGGAGGCAGCAGCUGAGGCUUCAUCCCACGGCCCUCGUGUGCACGUGUGAAUGCUAAGUUAAAAAUUAGUGCUUAUGCGUCUUUUGAGUGAUUUUCUUUUUUUUUUUUUUUUUUUUUUUACAGUUUUUAGGACAGGUUUUCUUUGUCCAGAGUGCAGAGGUGUGUGUAUUCAAGAACUCGUGGGUGGGUGGGUUUGUUUGUGUGUGUGUGUGUCCACAUGUGAGUGUGUGCAAGCUGAAAGAAACUUUGGAGGAAAAGCCAUUUGUUUUUGCCAAUGUAUUCUCCAGUUUCUCCUCUGAUUUCCCCAAUUCAUCAAGUUAAUUGUGGGGUUCCGGACACAAUCCCUUUAAGAAAGUUGAAUAGUGUGGAAAAAAUGACAUGUCCUAUUUUUUUAUAAUACACAGCUUAUAAGACAAAAUAAUAUCUUACGGAAAAUAUGUGAAAUUAAAGUCAGGUUGUACACGUUUCAUUCUCAACCAUUCACUUACAUUAUUUUUCAAUAAUAUUCACUGAAGUACAAGUACAGUAUCCUUUAAAAUAAAGUGCACUACAAUUGUCAUCCACUGGAGGGUAUCACUUUCACUCAUACUGUGCUAGGUUACCCACUUCAUCUCAUACUCUGACACCUUUCUGCAAAUUAUGGCUACAAUAUUGUACACUAAUUCUAUAUUCUAGUCUUUUAUGACCCUUCAUACUAUUCAUUAAAUUUACAUUCAGAAACACAAAUGAAUAAACAGUGUUUUGUACUAAAGUAUAUACUUCAAUUAGAUGUCAUAGGAAUAUUCAUAAACUAAAAGGCACUAUAAAAGGUUAUAAGAGCAGAUAUUUAUGAAAAUAAAACCAUAGCUUUUAUAUCCAAUAGCAUAUAUUUUACCAAUGAUGCUGUUUAAACGUCAACACUAAAUUCAACAGUAUUGUGAUUUAUUAUGCUGGACCUAAUUUAAUUAAUGCAACAUAGCAACUGAUUUACAUUAUACUGCAGAACCUCAGUUGAGUUAAUACGAGGUGCUAUAAAGAAAUGUAAAACAAACAUUUAAUCUUUUGUUUUAAUUUGAAUGUAUUUGAUGAAUGUAAAAAGAGGAAGAAAAAAAAUUAAUUUCCCAAAGACUCAAUUGUAAUUGUGUUGUGUACUAUUCUGCUUCUUCGUUUUUUUUUUUUUUCGGUCAAAUGCAAACCUCACCAAUGUUGUUUGAGGGAGUAGCACAUUUAGCGUCAUCUUCAUAUUGUUACUGCAUAAUUAGUAGCACUGGCUGAUCUAUGCACUGACUAACAUGGCCUCCGAGGUAUGUGUGUGUAUAUGCACGUUCUUUCCCUCUACAGUUGAGUGCCAAAGGGCUAUUUGACUGUGCCAGUGAGUCUGUCAAUCAUAGCCAGUUAAAAGUACCUUGACGGGUAAAUUGCCAUCAAUGCAGCUGUAACCCAAGUCUUGAGGGGAGCGUGACGUUUGAAAACACCAGCUUAACACAUGCCGCAAAACCGGUGGGCCGCUCACAUAUUCACAACAAAAACAAAACAAAACAAAAAAAAAUCCCAAAAAAGUCAAAGAGCACUGCUAGAACUCGCUAUACUCUGUUUUUUUACCUCAGAAUGUUUCCGAUGGUCAAGAUUGCAGAAUGAAUUAUAAAAUAGAAUAUUUGGUAGUGAGGGAGUGAUAACUGUUGGAAGCUUUUUCUCUUGUAUGGUUGACGAAUGUUUGUAUGAAUAAAUUAUCACAAAAAAAGGGGAGAG